GCAUGCCAGUAUAUCUUGCAAUUGUUAUGCACAGGGUCUGUUGUAUCUCUCCUGAGAAGCGGGUGUCUGAUAGUUCAUACGGCCUCAUCAUCAGCGCGAAACCCGGCCUCCUCGAUCGGAGUCGAUGGGCAUCACUCUUGCUGGAUAGCUCGCAUUGGGAGGUGGAGACCAAUGCGCAUACGCGCGGGGCUUCCAUAUCUAUUGAUGUUGGAAAUCGACGUCGUCCGACGUUGAUACAAAAGGGAAGAGGCCCUCUCGAUUCUAGUCGGAUUGCCUUGCUCAGGUCUAUGUAAAGAACAGCAGGUAUUCUUGCCCACGCGUGAUGGCGACGGCGCGUCAGUCGGCGAUCCUUUUCGUAUGUGCUCUAUUUGAAGGAACAGCAUCAAGAGAUUGAAAUCUGGUGGGGUAUCAGAACCUAAAUGAAAUACCUCCGAGGCGGACUUGUUGACCACUAUGUAUGUCCCAUUGCAUCGUAUGCACCUUUCCGUUCGCUGCCUUGAAGGGUUCACAGCCUACUUUUUCCUGCCU